UAUCCAUACAAUUCCUUCGUCUUAUCUCUUCAAUCAAAGAAAAGAAAAGAAAUGAAGAAUCCAAAUACUAUUUGUGUUCUCUUUGUCUCUUUGCUUUGUCUAUCCUCGUACUCGAACCGUCAAGCUUUAGCGUAUAACGAUGACGAUGAUGGCCUGAAACAAUGCCUGAUUCGCCACUCACAAAACCAUACCGCCAUUUACACCCCCGACCACUCCUCCUUCGUCUCCGUCCUACAGUACCCGAUCAAGAACACCCGCUUCAAUUCCUCGGACACUCCGAAGCCCUUCUACGUGAUAACACCGCGGGAAGAACCCGAGGUGCAAGCGGUGAUCCUUUGCGCGGCGGAGUUAAACUUGCAGGUCCGAAUUCGCAGCGGCGGCCAUGACUACGAAGGGCUGUCGUACACGACGGCGGCAGAGAAGCGAGUGGCUGAUCAGAACCCGUUCUUGGUUCUUGAUCUGAUCAAUUUCAACAACGUCGCCGUGGAUACUGUGAAAAAGACGGCGUGGGUCGGAUCCGGCGCGACGGUUGGGGAGCUGUACUAUAGGAUAUCGGAGAAGAGCAAAACGCUUGGGUUUCCGGCUGGAGUUUGCCACUCCAUUGGGGUCGGUGGGCACUUUAGCGGCGGCGGUUACGGGAUGAUGCUCAGAAAACACGGCCUCUCGGCGGAUCACGUCGUGGAUGCGCGUUUGGUUGACGCGAAGGGGAGGGUUUUAGACAGGAAAUCCAUGGGGGAGGAUUUGUUCUGGGCGAUCCGAGGAGGGGGAGGGAAUACUUUCGGGGUGGUUCUUUCAUGGAAAGUAAAAUUAGUUGAUGUUCCCGAAACCGUAACCACUUUCAGCAUCGUCAGAACUCCGGACCAAAACGCCACCAAAAUCGUACACAAAUGGCAAUCCAUCGCCACAAAGCUCCCUCAAGAACUCUUCAUCAGAAUCAUCGCAAUCGGACAGAACUCCCAAAACCCCGUACAAGCCAUCUUCAACUCCCUGUACCUCGGACCAGCCGACACCCUUCUUAAAAUCCUGCAACAUAGUUUCCCAGAAUUAGGAGCCACAAGAAAAGACCUGGAAGAGAAGACCUGGAUAGAAUCCAUCCUAACCAUCGACGGCUUCCCGAACGGCACACACCCCAAAGCUCUCUUGGGCACCAUCGUCAACAACGGGAAACCAUAUUACUUCAAAGGAAAAUCCGACUUCGUGAAGAACCCAAUCCCCCUGGAAGGCCUGGAAGGGGUUUGGGACUUUCUAAAAGAGAACAGCUCGGGCUUGCUCAUCUUUAGCCCGUACGGUGGAAUAAUGGACAAGAUAUCCGAGUCGGCGACUCCAUUCCCGCACAGGGCUGGGAAUCUGUACAAAAUCCAGUACGUUAUGAGUUGGAGCAAAGCAGGGAAGGAGGCCUAUGAAAGCCACAUGAGCUGGACAAGAAGGCUGUUUCAAUACUACACUCCCUUCGUCUCCAAGAAUCCAAGACAAGCGUAUGUGAAUUACAGGGAUCUUGAUAUUGGGACAAAUAAUUUGGUUAAUUCAACCUAUGAUAGGCAGUCUAAGAAUUGGGGGGUCAAGUAUUACCAGAACAAUUUUGAAAGGCUUGUUAGAGUUAAGACAAAAGUUGACCCUCAUAAUUUCUUUAGGAAUGAGCAAAGCAUUCCACCCCUUUCAUAUAUAGUGAAUUAGUUACUGUACUGUAUCUGAUUUAAUUUGUUACGGAGUAAUAAAUUGUUAUUCUUAAAUU